AUGCUUUACACUAACUUCUUUUUUAUAUAUGUAUUCUUUUCGUCAUUUCUACCGUCUUCUUCUUCUUUUUUUUCCUCUUCUUCUUCUUCUCCUUUUUUUUCUUCUUCUUCUUCUCUUUUUUCUUCUUCUUCAUUUCCUUCUUCUUCUUCUUCUUCUUCUUCUUCUUCUUUCGCUACCAUGCUUUACGCUUUUUUUAUAUAUAUUUUCGUCAUUUCUAUCUCUCUAAUGUCUUUGUCGUCGUUUUCUUCUUCUUCUUCUUCUUCUUCUUCUUCUUCUUCUUCUUCUCUUCCUCCUCCUCCUCCUCUUUUUUUUCGCUUUUUCUUUUUCGCAUUUCUUUACCGCCGCCUUUCGUCUCGUCAAAUUUCUUUCCCUGACAAUACUAGUUUUUCAUUCCUUCCUUCUCAUCAAUAUGCUUAUUCUCUUUGCCAUCUUUUUUCCUUCUCUCCUUCCUAUUUUUCAUUUUCUCUCAUAUUUUCCUCCAAUAUCUUUCCCCCCAUCUUCUUUCUCUUUCUUCUUUUCUUUUUCUAUACUUCUUUUCUACUUUUUUUUUUUAAUUUCUUGUUCAGCAGUACACAACAAGCACUAAUACAUACACAAACGUACACCAUUUUCUGCACCAACCACAUCUACCCAGCCUCCCCCAGAUUUUUUUUCCCUAGGGUGUGGCACCCGAUUUAUUUUAUUUUAUUUAAUGGUGUCACACUAUUUAUUGACAUCUCGAUAGCUUUUACGACCCUUACUCCUACCAGUAACAACCCCACUCACAGUCUAUUUCGGGUGGGUUCCGUUUCACUGUUUGGUUAUUCCAAUGGAUUACGUAAAAACAUUUCCCUAGACCCCUUAACCCACUCUGUCCUCCCUGUACCUCUCCCCCACCACCUUGAUAUAUUUAAGUCUAUCCAUAUCUAUCUAUCUAUCUAUCUAUCUAUCUAUCUAUCUAUCUAUUUAAAUAUUCACAAAAUAUUUCCAUCCAUAUCUAUCUAUCUAUCUAUCUAUCUAUCUAUCUAUCUAUCUAUCUAUCUAUCUAAAUGUUCACAAAUUAUUGUACACUCUGUUCAUAUUCAUCUAUCUAUCUAUCUAUCUAUCUAUCUAUCUAUCUAUCUAUCUAUCUAUCUAUCUAUCUAUCUAUCUAUCUAA